AUGAAGACUGGGGUCCCUGGGAAUUUCUCUGCUGUGACAGAAUUUAUUCUCCUAGGAUUUAGAGUUACCCCACAGCUCCAGAAUAUCCUCUUCUUGGUCUUCUUGCUCAUCUAUAUGGUCAUACUUGUGGGGAACAUUGGAAUGACAGUUAUCAUAAAGAUAGACUCACGACUGCACACUCCAAUGUAUUUCUUCCUUAGAAACUUGUCCUAUUUAGAUCUCUGCUACUCAACUGUCAUUGCGCCCAAAACUUUGACAAAUUUCUUAUCUACAAGAAAGACAAUUUCUUACAAUGCCUGUGCCACUCAGUUUUUCUUCUUUGCUCUUUUUGUCACAACUGAAGGAUUUCUCCUGGCUGUGAUGGCCUAUGACCGCUUUACUGCCAUCUGCUCCCCCCUCCUCUAUCCUGUACGCAUGUCCCAGCAUGUGUGUAUCCAACUGGUGGCUGGUUCCUACUUUUGUGGGUGCAUCAAUUCCAUGGUUCAAACUGGCUUCACCUUCAGCUUACAGUUUUGUGGGGAGAACAGAAUCGAUCACUUCUUCUGUGAUGUUUCAGCCCUGAUCAAGAUCUCCUGUGUAGACACCUUCACAAAUGAGAUAGUGCUAUUUAUACUUUCUGCAGCUAUCAUCAUAACUACCAGCCUGGUGAUCCUGGUCUCCUAUUCUUACAUUCUCACCACUGUCCUAAAGAUCCCUUCCACUCAGGGCAGGCGUAAAACCUUCUCCACCUGUGGAUCUCACAUCGCUGUGGUGAGUUUGUUCUAUGGUACAGUAUUCUUCAUGUAUGCACAGCCUGGAGCCCUCUCUUCUCCAGAGAAAAGCAAGAUUGUAUCUGUAUUCUACACACUUGUCAUCCCCAUGUUCAACCCUCUGAUCUACAGCCUGAGGAAUAGGGAUGUGAAGGAGUCAUUGAAAAGAAUCAUGAGUAAGAAAAGAUCCUCUCACUGA